AUGGAACUACCCAGGGUGCCCGUGUCCAGGGCGGCCAACCCAUCACAGCAGCGCAGCGCAUCGAGUCCGGAACCGAGUCGCACCAGCAGCGAGUACGACUCGUCAGGCGAGUCCCGUCGCAGCGAGCCCGGCCCGGCAGAGUGCAGUCAGUUCAAGGACGACACCCUCCCGCUGCAGGAGAUACGGGAAAUCGUCAAGCGGGUCCAGGCACGUCACGAGAAACUAGAGAAGGACAGGAAGAAGGAGAGUGCAAGGAAAAGCCAGCAAAAGAAGAAAAAGGCGCAAGACGCCAAGGACAAGUUGGACAAGCUGAGCGAGCAAAGGAAAUCUACCUCAGCGAUCAUCUGCGCGCUUGAAGCCGAAGUCGAGGAGGUGGGCAAAUCGGCAUAUGCUGCUACGCUCGGCCUCUUGUUGGGAAAGUACUUCUCAAUGGAGAUUGCCUUGGCGAAGGAGACUCUGGAAAAUGUACUCGUUGCCAACCCUGAUGUCUCAGCUAAACCCUCGGUUGCGCUCGGGCUGGACAAGCUGGAGGCUGACAUUGUGGGUGAUGCCAACCUGGCCAGGUCGCCGGAUCUGAAGAAUCUUCAUAUGCGACGAGCGGCAAUGAUCAGGAGCGUUCUGAACAGCUAA